AUGUCAUCUCAUCUCUAUAAGAGAUUUGUGAGAUUGGCAGCGAAAUGGCCACACGAUAAAUACAAGAGUGCAGAUCGAGACUUGGCCGUGUUUAUGAGUGAUGAGAUCGAACGGGUGUUUCGAGUUGAACGCGACCAACUGCCACCGGAUGCAACUUUGUGUUUAAAGCAAAUUCUCAUGAAUACACAUCGACUCAACUACCCGCAUUCCUAUAAAUCCGGUGUAUUCGGAUUGAAUUUGCAGCGACUGCGGGAAGCAAACUCAGAAGAAGGUCGAAAGACACUGGGAUUGCUUAAACAGAGGAAAUCGCUCGUUGAUCUGUUUUUCAAACCGAAAUGA